UAGCUUAUGUUUCCCAUAAUUAUUACUUUACACCCAAAUAAUUAAACCAAAUCUCAAGUCAUUGCCGUGUUUGACAUCAAAAAACAGAUCAAUAUCAAUAUCAUACAUACUUUUAGAGAGAGAGAGAGAGAGAAACUUUCGUGUUCAACAAGAUGAGAGGGGUGAAUGAUAAUUAUGAUACCAUUAACGCAGCCGCAUCGGCGAUCCAGUCGGCUGAGAUCAGAACCACUCAAGAUUCUUCAGUUCAGAAAAAAAGAUGGGGAAGUUGUUGGAACAUUUCAUUAUGUUUUGGAUCUAAAAAACAGAGCAAGAAAAUCAGCGAAUCGGCUAUAGUUCCUGAGCCGAGCUUCUCACGAGCCGAGGCUCAGCCGGCUACAAACACGGCUCAACAGCCGCCAAGAGUUCUACCCUUUAUAGCCCCACCAUCAUCUCCGGUGUCUUUUUUCCAGUCGGAGCCACCGUCGGCCACCCAUUCCCCUGGCGGCAUGUUGUCAUUCACGGCGGGUUCCGGUGGCAUGUUUUCGCCCAGUGGGACGAGUAAUAUGUUUGCCAUUGGCCCGUACGCACACGAGACGCAGUUGGUGUCCCCGCCGGUGUUUUCGACGUACACAACGGAGCCGUCUACCGCCCCGUUUACACCGCCUCCAGAGUCGGUUCAUUUGACUACGCCUUCGUCGCCGGAGGUCCCGUAUGCGCGGUAUUUGGGUUCGGGUAACCGAAACAAUGUCGUUGGGUACGAGUUUCAAUCGUAUAUGUUGUACCCGGGUAGUCCGAUGGGUCAGUUGAAAUCCCCGGGUUCGGUGAUUUCGAAUUCGGGGACGUCGUCCCCGUUUCUGCACUUUCCGACAAGUGGGAAAGUGUCACCUUGUGAAUGGGAAUCACAAGCAGGAUCCGGGGUGUUGACUCCACACACCCCGGAUCCUGUGGGUCCCAAACCUCGUGAUGGGUAUCUGGUCACGAGUAUGGGACCUUAUAGAAAUGCAGAUCAACCGCAUUUGGUUGAUCACAGGGUGUCAUUUGAGGUCACGCCUGAACAAGUUGUUAGAUGCGUUGAAAGGAGGCGGAUUGCUGAUGUGGCGAACGGUCGUGAAUGCCAUGAUGACGUGGCGAAAGGUUUCGAAUGCUCCAGUGGGGAGGGUGGGCAGAGACAUCAUAGGCAUAGAUCCACAAACACACUUGGGUCUGUUAAAGAGUUCAACUUUGAUAGUACAGGUGGAGCCGAAUCCGAUUGGACACGCGAGAAUGUUUCUGGGAACGAAAACGGGCCAAUCAAGAGCUGGUCUUUCUUCAAAAUGGUCCAGCCAGGUGUCAGCUAAUGAUUGGAAACCCUGAAAAAAUAACCAAAGAAAAACAAGAAAUCAAGAAUCAGAAACAGAUGUUGAUGACCCUUUGGGAGUUGGUGUUCCUACUCAGAAAAAGAACUCUUUUUUCCCCUUAAAAGAGACAUAAUACCUAGCAAUGCCAUAUAUAUAUGUAGAUAUAUAUAAGCUAAAGAUCAUAAGUACUUCUUUUGUUACGGGUUGCUGCGGUUCAAGAUUCAAACAUGUGAGGUCGGACGUUACAAUUGUAGCUCGAUGAGCAUCAUUUGACUUGCUACGACGGGUUUUUAAUCAUAUGAACCGUUUUUUCUUCUCUUGAUGGUGCAACUGCUGAAGUAUUAUGUACAAGUGUAUUAUGAUCGCUCGGCUUUUGCAAUAAAACUAUGAAGAUGUCUUGUUUUUGUUUAGGCAAGUAGAUGGUUAGAAUGGUUCUUUAGUAAUGAUGUUUUGUAUCUUUACAUGGUACUACUUUUGAUGCAUUGUAUAGAAGUUUUUUUAAUGAUAUUUUGAAGUCCAUUUUGUCCAA